AUGUCAGACAACAGGAUCGACAUAGGAUCGGUCGGAAAGUUCGAUGGUAAAAACUACUACCAAUGGAAGUUUAAACUCUGCUGCGCCUUACAAGCAAAAGGCCUCUUUGGAAUUAGCAAGGGAACGGAGGUGAGACCGGUCACGGAGGGAAAUGAACAGAAGAAAUGGAUAAAGGAUGACGCAUAUAUUAUGUUCUUACUAACAUCGGCAAUGGAUUAUUCACAAAUAACGCUCAUCGAGAAUUGUCAAUCAUCGAAGCAGAUUAUAGAUAAGUUAGACGCGAUUUAUGAACAAAAGACUGAAAUGAAUAAAAUGAUAGCACAUGAGAAAUUUUUACAGUAUAAAAUGGAUCGUUUGUUAGAUGAAGAUGCGAGCCUAAAUGCAUCCGAUAGUUCAGAAGUUGCGUUAGCUGCGUCAUCAAAUGUAGAUAAGAAAAACACUCAUGAAGAGAAUAAACAGCGGCCGAAAUUAGAUAAAUCAAAAAUAAUAUGUUACAAAUAUCAAAAGAAGAGGCAUUUUACGAAAGAAUGUCGUGGGGAAAGGAAAUAA